AUGCCUCUGACGUCGGGGCAAAAGGCCAUCGUCGCCUCCUUCUGCCAGGCGACGGGCGCCACCGAGAAGGCCGCUCAGAGGUUUCUCAAGAACGCCAACUUCAAGAUUGACGUGGCCGCAGAUGCCUUGAAUCCGGCCUCCUCGCGCACCAUCCGCAACAACCGACGCUUCUCCCUCACAUCAUCUCUAUCAUCUUUCGGUCGCCAUAACUCGUCAAAUACCCCCUGCGUCCUGUCGAGCUCAACACUGCCGAAGCCUGCCGUCCGCCUUGAAGAGAUGUAUGCGCCAUGGGUUGGGGGUGGAAACCCAGGGAGGGGCCAAGGGCGUGGAUCGGAUCCUAGUCGCGGCCAUGGCCGUGGAGCUUUCCGGGGCACGGACCGUGGACCCGACCGCGGACGUGAAUAUUCUCAAGGAGCUGCUCAAGGAGCUGACCGUGGAUCUGGUCGUGGCCGUGGGGCUGACCGCGGAGCUUUUCAAGGAGCUGAUCAUGGACUUGGUCGUGGCCGCGGGGCUGACCGUGAAGCUUUUCGAGGAGCUUCCCGAGGAGCUGACCAUGAAUCUGGUCGCGGCAGCGGGGCAUUCCGAGGAGCCUCCCGUGGAGCCUUUCGCGGAGUCGCCCCUGACACUUUUCAAGGAGCCGGCAAUGGACAUGGCGCUUUUUUUUACGCCGAGAUCAAUGCAUACUUCCAGCGGCUUGAAAAUGCCAUGGCCGCCAACCUAUUCCCACCACCCGAUGUACCUUCUUCACACCACGGGGCCGGAUCGGGACGCAUCCAUGGCGGGACGCCAGCAUAUUGGGACCACGCAGCCAUUCAACGUCACUUACAGGAGGCAGGCAAUGACACCCCCCGGUCUGGUAAUUCUUCUGGCCCUGCCAACGGCACUGUCAUCCCUCAGGCCCGGACUGGCGAAUCUCAAGUCGCAUCUGGCAGUUAUUCCCACCACCUAGGCCAAGGAUAUUCCAGGCUGUCCAUCUCGGCAACUGGACCGCCGCCCACGCCCCCGCGACAUGGUUCUCCACGGACGAGGCAAAUCAUGGAGCGGCCUACGAGCAGUUCCCUGGGUCCGGAAGCGCCAAGGAUAUCAAGCCUUCCAUUCACAUUUCGAUCACAAUUCACACCUGAGAGGAUGACACGUUUAGUUAACAAUAAUCGCAAUCACAGCUACUUCAGCAGCAACGCAAACGUGGCCACAUCUACAGCAUCCGUCGAGUCCAAGUUGGACAAGCUAUUCAACGAGCUUCGAGAAUCUGGAGAAGACACUCAAGAUGAACUCUCGGCCGAGUCGGCAAUGUCAUACGCCAUGGCCCUGGGCGUUGAUCCAGAGAAGGCCGGAAUCUUUGCGCUUAUGGAACUGCUCCAGGCGCCGUCCCUCGGAACCAUUACCCGGCAGGGAUUCAUCGAGGGGUGGAAGACGACUGGCGCCCAACCGACCAAGUCCAGUCAGAAGGACCACAUCCAGACUGUGAUUCGCAGCAUGCAGACCGACACGGAGCUUUUUAGGCGCGUUUACCGGUACGCCUUUGUCGCGGGCAAGGAGACACCAGAACAGCGCGCGGUUCCCCUCGACAAUGCUUUGGUGUACUGGCAGUGUUUCUUCGGAGCGGACCAGCACCAGGGAAAGCCCUGGGUGACGACAGGGGGCCCUGGAGCAGCUGGAGGAACAACAGACUGGUACGCGCUUUGGACCGACUACCUCAAGGCAAACUGGACUCGGACCGUGUCCAAGGAUAUGUGGAACCAGACCCUGGUGUUUGCCCUCAAAACGCUAGCCGAUCCGAAUCUGGGCUUCUGGACCCCUGACGGUGCUUGGCCGUCCGUCAUCGAUAACUUCGUCGAGUGGGUUCGGGCCAAGCAAGGCACUUCUGCCACCCCCGCGGCCACGAUGGAGGUCGACUCUUGAGUUCUAGGGCUUGGUCGUCGGUGGAUGCUUGUUGAGAGCGACUCGAGACUUUGGAGUUGAGGUGCAGGCAUGCCUCUUGCAAUCUUUGCUGGAUGGGAUAGAAAAACCCGUCCGGAUGCUUCUUGCGAGUACCUAGUCAUGGAGUUCAUAGCGACCCGUCAUGCAUACCUGGCCCAGGCGAUGGCUGGGGCUCCUCGAUGCUGUACCCUACAAGGGCGCUGAUCGAGGCAACGCCUUGACUUUUGGGUGGUGCUGGCGUUGUGGAUUUUGUUUGUGGGCAGCCUUUAGCGGAAGCGAACAACAAGGAUGGCUGGGAAAGAUGCGGCCAUUCUAUGGCAUACGCUUCCACCUUGACCGGGCACGGCUGUGACGGCCAAUACACCUUAGGCUGUCAUGUUGCCCAGCCCAAAGGUGACGACAGCUGGAUGGCCAUCUGGGUGGAUAGAGCAGGGUAAUACUAUUGUUAUUGUACAGUGCUCUUGUUUGUUCCCUGGGGCGGUGCGUGUCAGUUAGCCUUGCUCGACUUGUCUGUCGUCAGGAUCAGGUUGUCUUGCGGAUCGGUUGGUGGAUGAAUCGCGACGAUGAAGGCUAGCUGGGUGUGAAAGGGCCGAGUAUGCAACGGUCUCGAGAAGCCGUCAAACCCCCGCUCAAGAUGAAGAUAUACGACAUCACGAAUUAGAGCGAGGGCGGCAAGCAGCGCAUAACAGUUCGUAGUAUUCGUACAUAUCCAGGCGCGCCGCCACGCUGCGUUGCUUGCUCUGCUCGGAUGGGCGCAUCUCGUUCAUCAGCCGCCGGGCUGUCGGCCGACUUUGCACCGGAUACGCAGCAGCACAAGACGGAGUGGGGUUUAAAACAACCCUCGGUCCCCCCCUAGUGCCGGGCUCUCUCCUCCGUUUUUUUCCUUCCGUUUUUUUCCCCCAUAUAUAACCUUUUUCCUUUUUUUUUUUUUU